AUGCAGGCUUUGAACUGUCGGAUAAGAACGGCGCCCAGCAAGGAAAGUGAAUUGAUGAGAAUAUAUUCGUCGUGCGCGGAUAAACCGAAUCGAAGAUUCCCGAACAGCCGUAAGAGUCAGAACAGUCACAGAGACGAAGCGCCGACAACCACGCACCGAAGCACCACAAGAAACAACUAUGAUUCUAUUAAAAAGAUAAAAGAAAACGAAUGGACCACCAAAAGGUAUAGGCAGUGGGAAAGGGUCGUCGUGACCGAUACGACGACGGAGAAGAGCGACUACGAUUACACGACGGACGACGAGGCCGACAGGAGUACGGAUGGAGAUGAAGAGGGAACCAAUCGGAGAAGAGAAAUGGUCGGCAUCGAGAGGGGCGGCGAGAUUAAGCUUGGCGAGGACUACAGCGAUGAUUUGACGCAGUAUGAGAACUACCGUACACUGAUCAAGCGCGCAAUUCGAAAGGAGGUAGGUAGGAGAAAGGAAAAGAGCUCCCCGCAAAGGAGUCGGUACAACCCCAACGCGAGGAGGCGUCCCAAAGAGGAUGAAAGCCUGCGUGAUGAAGAGGACUCGGAAGACAACGAAGAUUCCUCUAAGGAUGAAGCAUGCGCUCUACACUGCUUUAUGGAGACGCUGAAAAUGACGGACGAAAGAGGUUUUCCUAACAGGCAUUUAGUCAUGCAAGCAAUUACAAAGGACAUUGAAGACGAGGAAUUGAAGGAGUUUCUGCAGGAAUCCACUGAAGAAUGUUUCGAAAUAUUGAAUGCGAGUAAGGAUGACAAGUGCGACUUCGCCAAGGAUUUGCUUAUAUGCCUCUCCGACAAGGGGAAGAAUAAUUGCGACGAUUGGAAAAAUGACGGACGCGAUGUACAGGGCCCCGUGGCGAGGGGGUAUUCUAAUCUGUGG